CGGGCAACGAAGUUUGACUCGGGCGCUACGCGCGCGGAUCCCCAGCGUCCCCGGCGCCCCCAGCGCGCCCGCGGGUCCGGCUCGCCAUGGGCCAUCCCCCACCUGUCCUGCUCCUGUGUGCUUCUGUGUCCUUGCUGGGUGGCCUGACCUUUGGUUAUGAACUGGCUGUCAUAUCAGGUGCCCUGCUGCCACUGCAGUUGGACUUCGGGCUAAGCUGCUCAGAGCAGGAACUCUUGGUGGGCAGCCUGCUCCUGGGCGCUCUCAUUGCUUCCCUGGUGGGGGGCUUCCUCAUUGACCGCUAUGGCAGGAAACGAGCCAUCCUGGGGAGCAAUUUGGUGCUGUUGGCAGGUAGCCUGAGCCUGGGCUUGGCUGGCUCCCUGGCCUGGUUGGUCCUGGGCCGCUUGGCAGUGGGCUUCGCCAUCUCACUGUCCUCCAUGGCCUGCUGUAUCUACGUGUCAGAGCUGGUGGGGCCGCGGCAGCGGGGAGUGCUAGUGUCCCUCUACGAGGUGGGCACCACCAUGGGCAUCCUGCUCUCCUACGCCCUCAACUACGCCCUGGCCAGCACCCCCUGGGGCUGGAGGCGUAUGUUUGGCUGGGCGGUGGCACCAGCUCUACUGCAGACCCUCAGCCUCCUCCUCCUCCCUGCCAGUGCUGGGGAGCCUGUUGACCACAAGGACCUCAUCCCACUUCAGGGAGAUGAGGCCACCAAACUGGUGCGGCCACGGUACACCUUUCUGGACCUCUUCAGGACCCGGGGUGACAUGCGAGGCCGCACUGUGGUGGGCCUGGGGCUGGUGCUCUUCCAGCAGCUCACAGGGCAGCCCAACGUGCUGAGCUAUGCCUCCACUGUCUUCCACGCAGUCGGCUUCCGUGGCAGGUCCUCUUCCGUGCUGGCUUCCGUGGGGCUCGGUGUGGUGAAGGUGGCAGUCACCCUGACUGCUAUGGGGCUGGUGGACCGGGUAGGCCGCAGGGCCCUGUUGCUUUCUGGCUGUGCCCUCAUGGCCCUGUCGGUCAGUGGCAUAGGCCUAGUCAGCUUCUCAGUGCCCAUGGACUCAGGCCCAAGCUGCUUGGCCAUGCCCAAUGCCACCCGGCAGUCUGGCCUCCCUGGAGGCUCAGGUCUGCUGAGGGGCUCCUCUCUACCUCCAAUGACAAGAACAAGAGGGGACCAAGGGGAGCCAGUCUUGUCAGCCAGAGAGAGAACCAAGCCCCAUCCAGGAGCCAGAGAUGCCACAGCCCCUCCCUGGCCAGCCCUGAGCGCCACCACCCCAGCACGCCCUCCUCCCACCUCAGAGCACUUCCUGCUGCACUGGGCCGCACUGGUCUGCAUGAUGGCCUUUGUGGCUGCCUUCUCACUCGGAUUUGGACCAGUGACCUGGCUGGUCCUCAGUGAGAUCUACCCAGCGGAAAUCCGAGGGAGAGCCUUUGCCUUCUGUAACAGCUUCAACUGGGCCGCCAACCUCUUCAUCAGCCUCUCCUUCCUCCACCUCAUUGGUGCCAUUGGCCUGUCCUGGACCUUCCUGCUCUACGGGCUGACCGCUGUCCUCGGCCUGAGUUUCAUCUACUCAUUCGUUCCUGAAACAAAAGGCCAGUCAUUGGCAGAGAUAGAUCAGCAGUUCCGGAAGAGACGAUUCCCCCUGAGCUCUGGCCACAGGCAGAGCUCUGCUGGCAUCCAGUACAGCCUCAUGGAGGCCACCACGGGCUCCUGA